AUGUCCUUCAGUCCCUACUGGUGGGGCAAUCGGCUGAACACCCCGGAAUACAAGUUGGUCGUUGUCGGUGGCGGUGGUGUGGGUAAAUCUGCCCUCACCAUCCAGUUGAUCCAGUCGCACUUCGUGGACGAAUACGAUCCCACCAUCGAAGACUCGUACCGCAAGCAGGUAGUCAUCGACGAGGAAGAGGUUGUUUUAGACGUGCUCGAUACAGCGGGCCAGGAGGAGUACUCCGCCAUGAGAGAGCAAUACAUGAGAACCGGUGAAGGCUUCUUGCUCGUGUACUCCGUCAACUCGCGGACCUCCUUCGACGAGCUCUUCACGUAUUACCAGCAAAUCUGCCGUGUCAAGGACACCGAGCAGGUGCCGAUCAUGCUCGUCGGGAACAAAUGCGACUUGGAAAAUGAGAGACAGAUCUCCUUCAGCGAGGGCAAGCAGUUGGCCGAGAGCUUUGGUGCUGCUUUUGUGGAAACCUCUGCCAAGCAGCGGAUUAACGUGGAGGAGGCCUUUUUCGGCUUGGUCAGAAAGAUCAGAGAGCAGGAGAAUACCGAAAAGGUCCCAGAACACCCAGUGGUGGUCAAUGAGGGUCAACCCCCUCAAGCCAGACAGGAGCAACCGCAGGAACCAGUCCAGCCACAAGCACAGCAGCCACCGGUGGCUGCUAUUGAGCCUACUGUUGAGAGUGUCCCUGUUGCAGCGGCACAGCCAGCGGCGGCCGCCAGAAAGAAGCAGGCCAGCGCCCCGGCUCCCGAAAAGAGUGGCGGCUGUUGUGUUAUUGUCUAA